AUGUCGCUCAGGUAAACUGCCGCCAUAUUAUUGUACCCAUCAGCCGGAUGCGUUUCUGACCGCUCCGUGUGCUCUGUGCGUGCAAUGUUUGGCUUCUUGACAUGCGUAUUGUAUAGUCGUCAUUGCUGACGGUAUUAAUUGCGAUCUUCAGAACAGAGGAGAAAGAAAAGCGAUGUUGCGGUGGUGAUAGAAUGGUGUGGGCGGUUUAUGUCAAACCGCUUAGGGAUUGCCGAGCAUACGACUCAUCGGUUCUGCGGAAGCUGGGUGUGAAGAGGGGCGUAAAGACCAAACAGUCGACCGUCGCCGGAGCAAUGGAGGUUGUGGAUGAUGAAUAUGCGGUGUAG